UCUAAAUAUAGUCCAUUUAUGAUUUUCACACCUGAACCUCUGCCACAACCCCUCAUCUUCUAAAUUAACUUUACCCUUCUUCUCCAUCUAGAUCUAUCUCUAAACCGCAACGAAUCACUACUGUUAUGAUAGGACCGAAGGAGGAGUCUAAUCCUGCAAUUCUUAAUAGGAAGAAACUGUAAUGGCAGUCCCUGUGUUAUUCAAUUUUCUCUUAUUCAGUUAGUUGUUGCACUAAUCAGCAAUACUCUUCGAAAACAUCAGCUUCUUUGAUUGGUAAGAAAAUUGAAAUUUGUUGAUCAUCAAAGAAAUUAUUUUGAUGAUUUGAAUUUCGUACUAAGAACUUAGAUUUUAAGAGAGUUCAAGAACAGAUUCUCUAGGCUUCUUUCUGUGUUUCAACUCAAUACGCAUUCUUCAAAUUGGCAAUUCGAUUUCAUUUCCUACAAAAGUUUCCAUGAAAAAGCUUGUAGGAUGGCAUCCAAAGAGACUAAGGUCACCAAUCCUUUCUGGGUUUGUUUCUGUCUUAGGGGCUUCAAUCCUCAUUUUCACAGUUAUUAUUUUUAUCUCGCCAUCAUCGAUUCCAAUGCUUCAGAAUAAUCUUAGCAGAUUUUAUAACAAGUUUACUUUCUCACAUUCGCCAAUCAAUGUUAACUCUAGUACUAGUAUUACUGCUCUUACUUCUGCUUCAGACUCGUCAUUUCCGAACUCAACUCAAACGAAUGGAACAAAAAGCUUAACAUAUACAAACUACUCUAGUAUUAUUGUUCCAAUUGGUACUGAAGUCAGAGGAUCGGUGAUUGGAAUAAAUGAUGUUUCCAAUUCUAGUGUUUUCCCUACUAAUAGUAGUGGAUCAAAUGAUAGAAAGAAACAAGAAAAUGGCGAUGAUUGUAAUAUUUUUGAUGGUGAAUGGGUAUGGGAUGACGACAGAGUACCACAUUAUCCUCCCGGUUCAUGUCCUUAUGUCGUGGAAGGAAGUAAUUUUGAUUGUGGCAAAAAUGGGAGAACUGACCAUCAGUUUUUAAAAUGGCGAUGGCAGUGGUUAUCUGCAGGCUGCGAUAGCAAUAUCCCAAGGAUUCUUAAUGCAACCGAUUUCUUAGAGAAAUUGAGAGGGAAAAAGGUAGCAUUUGCUGGGGAUUCUCUGAACCGGAAUAUGUUUUCAUCAUUAGCAUGUAUUUUUUGGAAUGCGGUUGCGGAUAAGAGUAAAGUUUAUUGGCUCCAGGGAGGAGCUUUGUCUGUGAGAUUUGAGGACUACAAUUUUACGGUUGGAUUUGUGCCAUCUCCUUUUCUGGUUUACAAAACAACACCCCAGAAUCGAGAGCUGGUGAGGAUGAGGUUGGAUUUGAUUGAUCCGCGCGCAUCAUUAUUCUAUCGCGAUGCUGAUAUUGUAGUGUUUAAUUCAUGGCACUGGUGGGCUAAAAAUAAAGUUCACAACGGAACUAACUAUUUUCAAGAAGGAGGUUACUUACACUCGAAACUGGAGAUAAAUAAAGCAUUCAAGAAAGCUCUUAGUACCUGGAGCAAAUGGAUCGACAACAACAUCGAUCCGAACAAGACCCAAGUUGUUUUUAGAGGACAUUCAAUCAGCCAUUUCAUGGGAGGUCCAUGGAACAAAGGUGGAAGAUGUGACGGAGUGACGGAACCCCUCAUGAGUAAUAAAACAUUUAGAGAAAAGAAUCUUUCAGGAGUAAAAUCAAUAGAAGACACGCUACGUCAGAUGAAGACUCCUGUAAUAUAUCUAAACAUCACUAAACAAACUUACUACCGAACAGAUGGACAUCCUUCAAUUUACACGAGAUCUUACAAAAAUAAGAUGAAACAGGAUUGCGCUCAUUGGUGUUUACCUGGUGUACCAGAUACAUGGAAUGAAUUAUUGUACAUUUCUCUCUUGAGAGCUGGUAAAGGAUCUUUUGCACGGUGAAAAUUGUCGAGCUAAGACUUUUAGAAGCGUUAGCACAGUUACACAAUGAUGAGAUAAAUAUUUGCCAGGUUCACAAGCCCACACACAGAGAUGACAAGUAUUUAACGAGGUUGAGUUUUCGCUUUUCGGGUAGAAAGAAGUGAUUUCAUAGUAUAUUAUUGUACAUAGUGAAAACAUAUAAGAGAUUUUAUAUAUUAUUGUACAUGGUGAAAGAAUAUAAAACCCAUUGCAGAGAAGAAGAUCUGCUGAUGUGUCUUCUUAGGUUCUCUCCUGGUCGUUCGGGGAACAUUGCAGUAAGCAAGAGUAAGAAAACUCUAGCCUCAACUCUCACUGGGACAGAGUCUAACUCAUAUACUUCUCAAGGAGAUUGCUGGAAAAGGAAAAAAGAACAAAGGAGAAUGGAUUGCUGCAGAAGGAAAAAAGAACAAUAAGAAAGGUAAGCAAGAACCUACCCCUUAAAAGAACCCUUUCAUGUUUUAUAGCGACUUUAAAGAAGGAUGCGGAUUCCCAAUUAAUAGAAGCAAGGAGGCUUCACAUAGAGAUUUUGAAGACAGGGUUUCUAUGGAGGAAUAUGAAAACUCAGGUGGGGAUAAGACCCUCAAAAGAACAGAAAGGGAACUGCACAGGCUGAAAUGGAAUGGUAAUGUUACCAAGGAUUGCAAAGAGAGUGAAAGUUUUGGGAGGGGUCAAGGAGUUCAAAAAAUUCUAAUUGCUCUUUUAUUUUCUUUUCCUUCUGGUGUUGGUUGCUCUAACUGCUAUUUUUUAGUUUAUGCUUUCGGAGUUUCGUUGGGGAAUCCUCCCCUUUGGUUGUAUUCUUUUUGUUGUUUCGGAGUUUUGUCUGUGCCCUCCUCCUUGUUUCGCCUUGGCGCUUCUACUCUUGUUCUUGUUUUUCAUUUUAUCAAUAAUAUCUUUAACCUUUUUCCUUUCCAAAAAA